GGGGGCCGGUGAUCGGUGGCGGUGGUCCAUUAGGGCCAGUCAGGGGGGCUCAGGGGGCCGCUGAGGGGGGAGCCUUGAAAGAGGGCUCUCUCUGGCCGCCAUGCAAUUGGGGGAGCAGCCCCCGCUCUUGCCCGGCGCCCCCUUCUACCCCUUGGAGAGCCCCACUGCUGCCUCCUCGCCGCCUCCUCCUCCUCCUCCUCCGCCUCGUUUGGACUUGGAAAAAGGCGCCAAAAAGUUUGUCGGAGGCCUCUUGGCCGAAGAGGCCGAAGCGGAGGCAGUGGUCAAGGAAGGCGGACGGAGCAAGGCCUCCCCUUGCCCUGCCCAGGAGCAGCAGCAGCAGGAGCAGCAGCAGGCGGCGGCGGCUCUCCCUCCAGCUCCGGCCCCGUCCCGCUACUCCUUGGAGGGCCUGAGCCCCGAGCGCUACUACCUCCAGUCCCCGGGACCCGACUUGGGCAGCCCUUGCGCCCUCUUCCCUUAUGGGGCCCCCGGGGCCGCCCCUCCGCAGCCGGGGGCCAUGUACCAGGCGCCCAGCCGCUACCCCUACGGCUCGGUCCUCUCCCCUCCGGGGGGCUUCUCCGGGGCAGCCGGCAGGACGGCCUUCGGGGGCCCCUCGGCCGGGGGAGGCUACCAGUACGGCCAGGGAGCCCCUCCGGGGAGCCUCUACAGCCCUUACCCGGCGGCGGCGGCGGGGGCCGGAGGGGGCUCCUGCGGAGGAGGGCUGGGCGCCUUGGCCAUGUCCGGCGGGGCGGGAGGGCUCCGGGCCCAAGUCUUCCUCUGCAACCGGCCCCUUUGGCUCAAGUUCCACCGGCAUCAGACCGAGAUGAUCAUCACCAAACAGGGCAGGCGGAUGUUUCCCUUCCUGAGCUUCAACAUCACUGGCCUCAACCCCACUGCUCACUACAAUGUCUUUGUGGAAGUGGUGCUGGCUGACCCCAACCACUGGCGCUUCCAGGGAGGGAAGUGGGUGACCUGUGGCAAAGCUGACAACAACAUGCAAGGCAACAAGGUUUAUGUUCACCCUGAAUCUCCCAACACUGGAGCCCACUGGAUGAGGCAAGAGAUCUCUUUUGGAAAACUGAAGCUGACUAAUAACAAAGGGGCCAACAAUAACAAUACCCAGAUGAUAGUUCUUCAGUCUCUGCACAAAUAUCAGCCUCGGCUUCAUAUUGUGGAAGUGACAGAAGACGGUGUUGAAGACAUGAAUGACUCCUCCAAGACGCAGACCUUUAACUUCCCCGAAACACAGUUCAUAGCUGUCACUGCAUAUCAGAACACAGAUAUCACACAGCUUAAAAUUGACCAUAAUCCUUUUGCAAAAGGCUUCCGGGACAACUAUGAUUCCAUGUACACAGCUUCAGAAAAUGACAGAUUAACUCCAUCUCCCACGGAUUCUCCUAGAUCCCACCAGAUCGUCCCAGGAGCCCGGUACAGCGUACAGCCCUUCUUCCAGGAACAGUUUGUCAACAACCUGCCACCUGCUAGGUUCUAUAAUGGAGAAAGGACUGUCCCUCAAACCAAUGGCCUACUGUCUCCUCAGCAGAACGAAGAGAUGACCAACCCUCCCCAGAGAUGGUUUGUGACUCCGGUCCAGCAGCCUGGGACCAACAAACUGGACAUGAACUCCUAUGAGGCCGACUACUCUUCCAGUACCUUGCUCCCCUAUGGCAUCAAAUCCCUUCCCCUCCAGACCUCCCAUGCCUUGGGAUAUUACCCAGACCCAGCAUUCUCCCCUAUGGCAGGAUGGGGGAGCAGAGGCUCCUACCAGAGGAAAAUGCCUGCUGGCUUACCUUGGACCUCAAGAACCAGCCCUCCUGGUUUCUCUGAAGACCUCCUUCCCAAGGAGAAGGUGAAAGAAGAGAUUGGGUCAUCCUGGAUAGAGACUCCGCCAUCCAUCAAAUCUCUAGAUUCAAAUGAUUCUGGGGUCUACACUGGGGCCUGCAAGAGGCGGAGGCUCUCCCCCAGCACCUCCAGCAAUGAAAACUCCCCCACGAUGAAAUGUGAGGACAUUAAUGCUGAGGACUAUGGAAAGGACACUUCAAAAGGCAUGGGCUAUUAUGCUUUCUAUACCAGUUCUUAAAGAGACUGGCCCAGUCCAAGACUUGGGUUAAAGACCCGGCUGUCUGAUCAUAUUUAUGUUGUUUCUCCUCAGUGGUGGUGCAGAGGUGUGUGGCGUAAAUGCUGCCUUCCACCUUCUGAGAUGUUCUUGUGCAAUUCUAUAGAAGGUGCCAAAGCUUUUUGAAUGAAUUUUGCAGGUUAAAAAAAGAAAGGGAACCAGCAAGGUAGCACUCUCCUCCUCCUCACCUGGUGGAAAAAAGCACCCCCAACUCCCUGAAGAAAACUGGAAGGAAGAGGUCUUAAUGGGCAUUUUGCCAUUUGGUAAAGCUUUCUUUCCCAAUGGACAAGAAGGGGAGAUGAUAAAAAAUGAAAGGCUCACAGUUCUGCCAACAGUUAAGUCUUGUGAACUGCCCAGUCGUUCAAGGUUUCCAUUGCUGUUUGGAGGGUGUUAUUAUACCCUAGGUUUGCUAUAGCAGGAAAUGUUUAAAACUGAGUAUAUAUAUUGGGUUAAAAAUUCCUUGGUCUUGUCUUGGAAGACUUGACGUUAAAACAUGUUGGCAGAGUGGUGGGAGAAGCCCGUGAAGGUAAGGUGAACAAAAUACAAUCUUACAUGUACAGCUCUGUGUCUAGGUAUAUUGUAGACUAUGACCAAAAACAAUAAUCAAUUCUAUAUAGUUCUAGUCAAUGGCAGUGCAGCCGGUGUGUGUUGGGAGUUUCUCUUUUGAUAUGAACUUCUGAUCUGACGAUGGGCACUGAUGCCGAGAGCACAUUAAAUUAUCUAUUUAUUGGUAGGUGGUGAGUGUAUGUUUCAGCUCUUCUCAAUGGAAAAGUGUGUUGUGACUCCUGUUGCUCCAGUUUGUAAAUAAUCUUACCAAAUGCUGUUGGAAGUGGCAAAAAGACUUUAAAAACCGAGCGUUAGUUUUAUUUGGGGGGAGAACUUUUGUCUGUACAUAUACAUGGUUUUUAAUAAAUGUGUCGCCAUGGUA